AUGAUUAUUACUGCUUUUUCUCUGCUAGUUCAAGCUAGUUCUGCUGCUCUGUCUUUCUUCUUUAUAGUUAUUGCACUGGCCCCAGCCAGAAAUAUUGUUGUUGCUGUUUUCUCUGCUCUGACAGAAUUUAUAAAUGCUGUAGUUCUUGGUUUCAGACUAUCUUCACCCAAUUACUACCAGCUGGUACUUUUGCUGGUGUAUUGUAAAUCAAUCUGGUGGUUCUCUCAGACCUUCUACUCUAUACUGGAGCACAAGCUUUAUCUAUCUGUAAAAAGACAUGAUGUUGUGAGCCUAUUCAAAGAUCUGUGCUUAUUGCCGGUUUGA